CAUGCCAUCCCCGGCGGAGACGACAUCGAGGUGACAGUGAACGCAACCUGUGAUUUAGUGGACGCAGCCAUAGACGCGUCCGAACCCCCGCACAUUGUCUUAGACGCGACCACAGCGGGGAUUAUGUCCGAAACCGUGAAGUCUUUCACUAGAGCUCUCGCUUUGCCUACGUUUUCGGCUUCGUACGGACAGGAUGGGGAUCUGAGAGAAUGGCGCGACCUGACAUCAGACGAAGAGAACUACCUCGUCCAGCUGAUGCCUCCCGGUGACAUCAUCGUCCAGGCCAUCAGAGACAUCGUGCGCACUCAGAACAUCUCGAACGCUGGCAUUAUAUAUGAUGAGACGUUCGUAAUGGAACACAAGUACAAGUCGCUGCUUCAGAACCUCCCCUGUCGACAUAUCAUGACGAUGGUGGAGAAAACGGAGGCAGGACUUAGGAAUCAGACGAGGAGGCUGAAGCAACGCGAAGACCUAGAAUGUGGGUGCGAGAACGCCUCCGUGGUAUUCCUCCGGCCCCACAGCACUUCGGAGAUGAGAGGGAGGCUGCAGAUGCUCGAGAAGAACUACCAGCUGAUGACUGUCCCGCAGAUCGACUCCGCUUUCUACUUCGACUUCGCUCAACGCGAGGACCUAGAAUGUGGGUGCGAGAACGCCUCCGUGGUAUUCCUCCGGCCCCACAGCACUUCGGAGAUGAGAGGGAGGCUGCAGAUGCUCGAGAAGAACUACCAGCUGAUGACUGUCCCGCAGAUCGACUCCGCUUUCUACUUCGACUUCGCUGUGAGGGGGAUCAAGGCGGCGAGCCGUCUGGCCGAACAGGGGAAAUACGCCGACUUCAACUUCCUGAAAUGCUCCGAGUUCGAGGAAGGGAACCCGCCGGUGCGCGCGGGCUUCGACCUCCGCAGCGCCCUCAAGACGGUCCCCGCCGACAGCUGGACGACCAUCACCUGGGGCAUGAACGGCAUGAGCUACCUGGACAUCACCCUCACCAUAGACAAGUUCAUGAUCUUACGAGGGAGGACGGCGGAGCGCAAAUCCCUGGGCGAGUGGGAGGCUGGGAUGCCCGGGACGCUUAUGUUCAAGAGCGGGAUGAACCUGAAUGAUUUCCAGGCCGUGACAGUGUACAGGGUGACGACCGUACAGCAGCCUCCGUUUAUAAUGAAGAGGGUGAACGAAGACGGCCAAGAGGAAUUCUACGGUUACUGUAUCGACCUCAUUAACGAAAUUAAGAAGAUUGUUAAUUUCGAAUACGAAAUUGCUGAGGCACCCGACGGCAAAUUUGGCACAAUGGACGAAAAUCACGAAUGGAACGGGAUGAUUAAACAGCUCAUUGAUAAGCAAGCAGACAUCGCUCUCGCGCCCCUCUCCGUCAUGGCAGAGCGCGAGAACGUGGUUGACUUCACUGUCCCUUACUACGAUCUGGUGGGCAUCACUAUCCUCAUGAAGAAGCCAAAAGUACCCACUUCCCUCUUCAAGUUUCUGACUGUGUUGGAACCCGAGGUGUGGGUGUGUAUCCUCUUCGCCUACGGGUUUACGAGCAUUCUCCUCUAUAUCUUCGAUCGCUUCAGCCCCUAUAGUUAUCAGAAUAAUAAGGACAAAUACAAAGACGAUGAUGAAAAGAGAGAAUUCACUUUGAAGGAAUGUCUUUGGUUCUGCAUGACGUCACUCACUCCUCAGGGUGGUGGCGAGGCUCCCAAAAACUUAUCCGGUCGACUGGUGGCAGCAACCUGGUGGCUCUUCGGUUUCAUUAUCAUUGCUUCGUACACUGCUAACUUGGCUGCUUUCCUGACUGUCUCCCGUCUCGACACGCCCAUCGAAUCACUCGACGACCUGAGCAACCAGUACAAGGUACAAUACGCGCCCAUGAACGGAACUUCUACCAUGACCUACUUCGAGCGCAUGGCCUACAUCGAGAAGAAGUUCUACGAGAUCUGGAAGGACAUGUCCCUCAACGACUCCAUGAGCGACAUCGAGCGCGCUAAGCUGGCCGUGUGGGACUACCCCGUCAGCGACAAGUACACGAAGAUGUGGCAGAGUAUGCAAGAGGCGGGGCUGCCGGGCAAUUUCGAGGAGGUCCUUACGCGGGUCAGGAAGUCGACGUCGUCCAGCGAGGGAUUCGCGUAUUUGGGUGAUGCCACUGACAUCCGGUAUCUCGUCCUCACCAACUGUGAUCUACAGAUGGUCGGAGAAGAGUUCUCGCGCAAACCAUAUGCCAUUGCAGUCCAACAGGGUUCGCCCCUCAAGGACCAGUUUAACGAUGCCAUCCUGAAGCUCCUGAACCAACGUAAGCUGGAGACGCUGAAGGAGCGAUGGUGGAACCAGAAUCCGGAGAAGAAGAAGUGUGAGAAAGACGAUGACCAGAGCGACGGCAUCAGUAUCGAGAAUAUUGGUGGUGUGUUCAUCGUGAUCUUCGUGGGCAUCGGGCUGGCGUGCGUGACCCUGGCCUUCGAAUACUGGUGGUACAAGCAUCGCAAAGGACCACGUGUUACCGAUUCUGCGAAGGUGCUUUCGGUCAGGGAGAUUGAAAAGACAGAAAAAUCGAACUUCAAUACGGAAUAUAAGGAUUCUCAUCUGGACAUCAACUACAACACUAACUUUCAUCUCGGAGGCUUCGAGAAAGUAAACACUGCAGGAAAAAUAUCUGAAGAUCUUUGGCCUUGCAAUUACAAAAUUAACCAAUGGAUUCGACAGGUCACGUCUAACAAAUCGAAAGAUUAUUCCUGCGACCCUGUCCGUUUCCUUUGA